AACAUUCAGCGGAUCAUCGGCUCACCGUACGUUGGCUAUUACAAAAGUUGUGCGUAGUGAAACUUGAAGAUUCCGUUUGUCGAAAGGUCAAAAGAAGCGUUUAAAAUUACAUUUUAACGAUUUCAUUGUCUUCGUGAUCGAUGAAACUGUGAUUGUUGCAUUUCAUAAAUGCAAACAAAAUUAAAAACGAAAUUUUGCAACUGAUCGUUUGAACAAAAAGAUUAAUUCGACAGAGCGAGAGAUGAGUGUCACUUGUAUUAUUAAUUUCAUUAGAAAUAUGAAAGAGAAUAAGAUAACAGGCACGUUCGUUUUAAUUAUAUAAUGGCUCGUUUCUAUUAUCAAUGCAAUUUUGAUUUAAAAAACGAGACUGGAUACGAUAAUGCUGUAUUAAAACCAUUCGUUUGUCCGCCGGACAAAUAUUGUCCUUAUUGUUGUUGCAAUUGGCAGUGUUGUAUCGUGGUACAAAAACGUCCACCACGACAAAUCUGGGAGACUUGGUACUUUUGGUUGGGCGUUGCAUUAUUAGCUGUUUUUAUCCUAAUUUCGGUGUGCAGCUACGUAGUCAGUAAUUAUAGGCAUAACGUUCAAGGUGUGCCGUUCCGACAUAAUGCACGUAUUAAUGAUAACGAACGAAACCAUCGAGCAAAUCGUUCUAGACCAACACAAAACGAGGUGUCUAUAAGUAUAAUUCCUACAUCAGGAUUACUACCGGGUCAUAAAAAAAUGGUCAUGAUUUCUACACAAAAUAAUGUCGCUCAUUUGACUCCGAUCGUAGCCUAAAAUUAGAGCUUUCAUUUUUCUUUGGAGAAGUUCGGAAAGAAAGUAUGACGGUUUAGAACAUUCUGUAUUAUGAAUGCUCGGUUACUAUGACACCUCGAUCAACGUUUAACGAUGAGAAUGAAGGCAUGCAUUUUAUUGCAUUUGAUCGCGUGUACUUAUCGCAAAUGCAUUAUUUUAUGCGAUCUCGACAUAAUGGUAGACGAUGGUUAAUGUUCAAUGAUUAUGAGGAAAGAUCUGCAGGGAGACUGGACGAACUCAAUUCAGCCUUUUAAUCUUGCUGAAAAGAUUUCAAGUCAAACGACUUUCAAGUUAUAUAAAAAGUAUUCAGAGAGAGAGAGAGAGAGAGAGA